GCGAGAACUGGAAAGAGCUGACAAGAGACACCAAAACAGAGUAAAUCUAUCGAUUAAAAACCCUGUGAAGAUGAAGACAUUCAGUAUUGCAGUUGCAGUAGCCGUCGUGCUCACAUUUAUCUGUAUCCAGGAGAGCUCUGCAGUCCCAGUCAUCACAGAGCAAGUGCUGGAGGAACCAGUGGACUUUGACAAUGAAGCGGACUUUGCGGAAUCACUGAAGAUGCUGGUGAACAGCAGACAGAAGCGUGAACUUAAGUGUAAGCCUUACUGCUAUCCCAAAAAAGACGGACUAGUAUGUGGAGUAAGAUGCGAUUUCUGAAGAUUCCUGCCACCUUGA